AUGGUAGUUACAAAAUUGAUGACAUUGAUGAAACAAUGUUCAACUGUGAAGCAGGCAAAGCAAAUCCAUGCCCACAUUUUGAUCAAUGGUUUUAGUUUUCUUCAACCUUUUUUAAUCCAUCACAUGCUUCUUUGGGAUGUCACUAACUACAGAACUAUGGCACAUUAUGCCUCCUCAAUGCUUCACCAAUUGCACAAUCCAGAUUCCUUCUCGUGGGGUUGUGUGAUUCGAUUCCUCGCUCAAAAGGGCCUAUUUACUGAAGCUGUUUCUCUAUAUGUUGAAAUGCAUAGGAUGAGAUUGUGUCCAACUUCACAUUCCAUCUCCUCUGCUCUCAAGUCAUGUGCUAGGAUUCAGAACAUGUUGGGAGGUGUAUCAAUUCAUGGGCAAGUUCAUGUGUUUGGAUUUGAUACUUGUGUUUAUGUACAAACGGCCCUACUUGAUUUGUACUCGAAAAUGGGUGACAUGGGGACUGCUCGACAUGUGUUUGAUGGAAUGACUGACAGAAGUGUGGUUUCUUGGAAUUCUUUGUUAUCUGGCUAUCUAAAAGCAGGUAACUUGGAUGAGGCUCAAGAUUUAUUUCAUCAGAUUCCCAGGAAAGAUGUUAUAUCUUGGAACACUAUGGUAUCUGGGUAUGCCAAAGCAGGAAAUAUGGAUCAGGCAUGUACUUUGUUUCAACAAAUGCCGGAGAGAAACCUGGUCUCCUGGAAUGCAAUGAUCACUGGUUUCAUUGAUUGUGGAAGCAUAGUUUCUGCAAGAGAAUUUUUUGAUGCAAUGCCAAGGCGAAACUGCGUAUCUUGGAUAACAAUGAUUGCUGGAUAUUCAAAGGGUGGGGAUGUUGAUUCUGCUCGUAAGCUCUUUGUCCAGAUGGAUCACAAAGAUUUGCUCUCAUAUAAUGCUAUGAUAGCUUGUUAUGCUCAAAAUAGCAAACCCAAGGAAGCCCUUGAACUAUUUAAUGAUAUGCUUAAGCCCAAUAUGUAUAUACAUCCUGAUAAGAUGACUUUUGCCAGUGUUAUAUCAGCUUGUUCACAAUUGGGGGAUCUGGAACAUUGUUACUGGAUUGAGUCACAUAUGAAUGACUUCGGAAUUGUAUUGGAUGAUCAUUUGGCUACUGCUUUAAUUGACUUGUAUGCAAAGUGUGGAAGCAUUGACAUGGCAUAUAAGCUAUUCCAUUGCCUGAGAAAGAGGGAUUUGGUUGCAUAUUCUGCAAUGAUCUACGGAUGUGGAAUAAAUGGAAAGGCAUGUGAUGCAAUCAAGUUAUUUGAACAGAUGCUUGCAGAAUGUAUUUGUCCUAAUUUAGCCACGUACACUGGACUCCUAACUGCCUAUAAUCAUGCUGGAUUGGUUGAAAAAGGUUACCAGUGCUUUAAGUCCAUGAAGGACUAUGGACUCGUGCCUUCAAUUGAUCAUUAUGGAGUCAUGGUUGAUCUCUUAGGGAGGGCAGGAUAUCUGGAUGAAGCAUAUAAGCUUAUAAUAAAUAUGCCAAUGCAAUCAAAUGCUGGUGUUUGGGGAGCUCUGCUUCUUGCCUGCAGACUACACAAUAAUGUGGAUCUUGGGGAAAUAGCUGUCCAGCAUUGUAUUAAGCUGGAGGGUGACACAAGUGGUUAUUGUUCUCUUCUUUCUAGCAUAUAUGCUACUGUUGGAAAAUGGGAUGAUGCCAAGAAGAUGAGAACGGGUGUGGAAGGAAAGGAAAUCAUCAAGUUACCUGGAUGUAGUUGGACAAGUAACUUAACUACUCCCUGA